GUAAAACGUCAAAAUUUCCCACAAAAUUGGAUGUUGAAUUAUUGGAAUAUCCGAAUGUCCGAAAAAGUGUAAAAAUAUACUCCCAACAGCCAACAUUUUAUUAUUUUUAUUGCAUAGAACACAUGUGUACACUGUACAGUGACAAGGGAUCAGCAUCAUGCGCAUUUAGAUGCGCAAUAGAUACGACGUUUCAACCACAUGACAUAAAAAUUUUGCUAUUUGCAUGCACAGUAAUUCACAUAUGACAGUGCAGUUGUGAACGAGGGGUUUAAUGGUUAGAAAACUCAAAUAAAUGAUGUUCAUUUGAUUGGUUAAAUUUUACUGCUUUUUAAAUUUUCGUGACAACGUCACCAUUAACUCUUUUUUGUUUAAAUUUAUUCCAAUCUACAUAACCUCUUUUCAAGAUGAAUCCCGAAGAUUACGAAACGCUUCCGACCGAUAAUGUGACUACACAUAUGAUAGCUGGUGCGAUAGCUGGUAUUAUGGAGCACUGUGUUAUGUACCCCCUGGACUCUGUUAAGACUAGAAUGCAGUCUCUAGCGGCCUCGGGCACAGAAGGUAUCAGUGAAACUUUGUUAAGAAUGGUUAGACAUGAAGGACUACUUAGGCCUGUAAGGGGUAUGUCUGCUAUGGUUGUGGGGGCAGGACCCUCGCAUGCUUUAUACUUUAGUAGUUAUGAAUAUUUGAAGAACACUUUAACAAGGACUUUUAAUUCAUCCAAAUUUGAUACAUUAGCUUUUGGUGCAUCUGGGUGUAUAGCAACUCUAAUCCAUGAUGGUUUUAUGAACCCAGCAGAAGUUGUGAAGCAACGAAUGCAAAUGACAAAUUCUCCUUACAAAUCGGCGCUGAGGUGUGCCAUAAGUAUAUAUCGUACAGAAGGAUUCAAGGCCUUUUACAGAUCGUACACUACACAAUUAACUAUGAAUGUACCUUUCCAGAGCAUACAUUUUGUAGUUUACGAAUUAUCGCAGAAGGCGUUAAACAAAGACAAAUUAUACGACCCAAAGGCGCACAUGGCAAGCGGAGCCCUAGCCGGUGGUAUCGCUGCAGCUAUUACGACGCCCUUGGACGUUUGUAAAACUCUCUUAAAUACUCAGCAGACUCCGGUGGCGAGUGGAAUGGUCGAAGCUGUGAAGACCGUUUAUAGGUUAAAGGGCGUUUCCGGUUAUUUUAGAGGAAUGCAAGCUAGAGUAAUGUAUCAAAUGCCAGCAACGGCCAUCUGUUGGUCGACAUAUGAAUUCUUCAAAUAUGCUCUGGGAACCACCCCUGACUUGAGAUUACUGCCCUCGGCCAGCGGUACUGUCAUCAGUGCUGAUUCAGCAUCGACAACAACCGACACGGAACUAAUGACAGACGACAGUAUUAGGACCGAAGUGAGUAAUGAAAAGUACAAUUUGAAGGCUCGCGAAUUGCCGGCUAUGUCCGGAGCCGGUUUAUACGGAACGAUAUCGUUCAAUACGAUGCACAAGGCCGACUUCCAACAACAAAAGGACUCGUUUCUCGAUAUCGGUCACACAUAGUACAACCCAUUUCUGGUUCUUUUCAUUUUAUUGAUAUAAGUAUUAUUGUACCAGUCAGAAAUUUUGUGUUUUUGAAUUUAUUCGUUUCGGCUGUCAGAAAUUGGUUUUAGCGCGCUGGUAUAAGCGUCGUUUUGGAUUAAGGUGCUAAUUUAAACAAUGUAUUAUCAUCUGUACACCAAGGCAUAAAGAUUAUCUAUAAAAAAUUUAAUUUGCAAUUUUUUUAAAGCAUUUGCCAGCUUGCUGGGGCGUGGUAGGUGUUCGAUUCUGCCGACAUAUUCAUGUAUGGAAAAAGUUCUUACAAGUCUAGAAUCAACCCUUAAUUCACUUGUUGGACCAAUGACUGUUACAUGUCAGUCUGAAAUAAUAAAUUUCCUUCAAUUUAAAUGCAUUUAGACCUCAAAGUAAUUCCUUGUACUGUAAAUCAACGUUUGUUUAUCUAUUGCAUUUUAAGUAUUUUAUUUAUUUCAUAUGCGUCUUGGUGUAUAGGGAUAAAUUUAAUUCAAUACGAUCAUUAUUGAUAUUAUGGAGAACUUGUUUUAUUUUUGUACAUAAGUUUUAAAAAUAUAUAAAAGUAGUCUAAGACUUCAAAACAUCAAAAAAUCGAAGGAAUAGAUUAUUUUAGGAUAAAUAAAAAAUACAUUAUUAAUUGUUAUGGUUUGCUCUGGUUUUACACACACGUGUGUUAUUUUGAUCACCUGGAAACUAAUUUUAAAGUCUCACAAAUGUCCUGAGGAGGCUUCUCCAGUAAGAUGUUGACCCUACUGAGGUCUCUUCUUUAACAAUAACUAGGGUUGCCUUUAUAUACACUCACUCCAAAAAUAUUGUUAUUUUGACGUAUGCGUAAAACCAGAGUAAACCAUGGUUGGUCAUUUUAUCAUUUCGACCUAAAAAGAUCCUUUUCAAUUUUAUUGCUGCUGACUCUCAGUUUAUUAUCUCGAUUUCUAGCGGCUAGCCAAUUUUUUACCACCGAAGCGAAGUUUGUAUGUAAAAUAUGUAAAUAUAGCAGACUUUGCUUUAAACUUAUAUGAGAAUCUUAUAAUGAUGUGGUGCGAAUAUCGACGAUCGUGAUCUUGUCGAUAUAAAUUGGAUUACAUUUUGUAGCUGCAGCCGCCUAACAGUAGAUAAAAUAUUUUUAACUUCGUUUCGAUAAACCUUGCAACGUGACGUUGCGUUGUUAUAAUUAUUUUUACUUUACAAACAUUUAUGUUCUAUUCAUCUUUAGAUUUUAUUUGUUUCAAAGUUUUAAUCAACUCUUUAGAUAUUCUGCAUUGUCUGUUGCUGUUGUAACCGUGCCUGUUGCUUCUAAAUUUGGGGUUCCCUCCUAAUUAUGUGAGUCUAAUAACUUGGGCUUAGUAAGGUUACAUCACAUUUGCAAGGUUGUUCAUGACGAGGUAAAAAAUCCUAAUUUUAUUUUCCAUUAGUCGCCCACAGAUUUGUUUGUGUCUACUAGAAUAAAUUGCGUAUUUAACUGACAGCUCUGAACUGUUUUUGUAAAUUCUGUUUGUAGAAUUUGCACCACUUUCUGACGGACAAAAAAAAUUUUUUUAACAGCAUUAUAAAACAUUUUUUGUUUAGUUGUGAAAAGUUGAGAAAUUAUUGAAAUUUUUUAGAAAAAAAAAAGAUAGUCUUUAUUGAUGUUAUUUUGUUUAGAAAUAUAAGCCCAUCGCUCUGAUCAAAGUUGAUAAUAAAAGGCAAGCUAUCCUGGAUCAUUGCUGUAUUUUAAUUAAAAACUUGAAAUUUUAACAACUGAAGUUUACCGUUGCUUUAAAUCACCACGUGUAUAUAAAUAUGAAAUAUUUCUCUUUACAAAAUCAAAUCUACUUGUAAUAUUGGUAGUUUUUCAUUUUACACUCCCACUUUUCAAAAGAUUACAUUAUAAUUAUUCUUGAAAAUUGUGAUAUCAAGAAUAGAUUUGACAAUAAUAAUUAGUGGAUGAAAAUCAGUUUUUAUGUUCUUGCAGUUUUUUUCUAACUUAUAUCACAGGAACCGCCAAACCAAAUCUUAGUACUAAAAUACCAACUUUGUCAAAAUAGUAAUACAAACAUUUGGAAAUGUGAAGAUAUAAUCCCCAAUUCGUCCUACGAAAUUAAGAAAUAUAUCCCCACAUCCCCAAAGUAAAAACAAACCAAAGAAAAAUAUUUGAGAAAGCUGAGAAAGAAAAAGAAAAAUGAUUGCAUAGCAGGGACAGAAGUUGGAAAGUGUUUGGUAGGUAGAGAGGUGGUAAAUGUCAAACCCCGUCGGACGGUUUCGAGAAUUUCGCGGUAAUGUUUCUUCUGCAGUGUCGUAUCGUAGAAUAAAGUUAUUUUAAAUUAUUACUGGUAGAAUCGGACAAACGUAUCUAUUUAUGAGCUACAAAUAAUUAUUUAAACAAGAAAUAAUAUGCCAAAUCAUAAUUCUACAAAAUUUCAACAGCUAUUCACAAUUUAUUAAACUAUUUUCGCGAAAUUGUUAUUAGCAUCUAUAAAAUAAUUUUCUAUGCCAAUGAAAAGGCGUUCACUUCGGUUAGCUUCGCGAUAAAAUCCUGUGUAUGAAGUGGGAGAACUGCGAAAAACCUUUCCAACCUCUGUUCCUGCUUUACCUGCCAGGAAUCGUUCCUGGAUCUUUUGAGUAUAGAACUUUGCGCCUUGUAUCAAUUAGACCACAUGAAAACAUAGACGAUAGUCAAAUUUGUAAAUCUGAGCUUAUCAGAUUCUGACUCGUCAGUACAAACAUUCUCCUCUUUCACUAGCUCUCUCAAAGGUCGUUUAAGGACGCCAAGCUUAGCUUGUAGUAGAAUAAAUUGUAAGAUCCUUCUUUCACUUGCUAGUGCUGAGUCUUUAUAUGUGUUUGAUUUAUAUCUCGAUAAAUUCAUCUUUAAUUCAAUAUUUUUCUUAGACCUGUAGGUGAGGGGAUGGGCUACCCCCGCUGUACUUAAGCAUAUUGUGCAUCGUCUUAUCUCGUCUGCCAGCCGAUAAAUUAGUUAUAGUUGACAAUGUCACCAAGAGGUGGUUCUAUUAUAUUGUCGAAAUACAAAUCUAUCUUCUUCCCUCCUGCAGGUUGGAGAAUAGGACACACCCAUGCUAUGGAUGUGUUUUCAUACUUGACAAUGACCAGUCCGAAUGUAUGUGAUCAGAAGCAGAUUCUUCUAGUUAUAGUCAAGUAUUUGUUUGCUGUAGUGUUGUCAGGGCAACUUAAAAGUCCCCUGGCAACGUUGCAGCAUUUUGUUAAAUCCCAUCUUUCCUUGAAUUUUACAAGGGAACGUUCUUUAAUAAGGUUCGUUACGGCUGCAGUGAAGUUCUCAUCUUUCGACACGUCACGUAUUCACAUCUAAGAAUCCCUGUGCUGAACUUGUUCGUCCAAUAGAAUAACCAGAUCCAAAAAUGUUUUCUUACAUAUGCCACAUUGUUUACAAAUACAAUAAUUCAAUUCUUCUUGUGAUAAUAUGGGAAUAAAUGCUUUAAACAAGGAGCCAGCUAUCCCUUUUUCAUCCUUUUCUUCUAUACAUAUUUAUUGAUAUGAAUACUUCGUCCGCACCAGACACUCUUUCCCUAUCAGGAAUUUUUUUUUAGGUCAUGGGCCUAAUUCCUGACGACGUUCGUCAUCGUCUCGCAUUCGGUGACAUAUGCGAGUAGAAAAAUGGUAUUCUUGAAAGCCUUUGCCGUAUGCGAGAGAUCCAGCAUGCGACGCUUGGCGAAUGAUUUGAAACGAACGCUCUUGACCAUUUGACAACCUUAUCUCGCAUGCGGUAACUAUGUGUAUCCAAGCAUUUUAUUUGUGACUGUCACAUAGAUUUAAAAUAAAAUUAAUUAUUCUUCCUAGUUUAUAUUUUUAAUGAAUUUUUUAUAAUUAUCAAGUGUUCAUUAGUCAUUAUGUCAUUAACUUUGUAUUUACAAGUGUACAUUUUUUAUAAAAUGGAUGAUAUAGAGGAAUUCAACUUUAUACAAUUAAUACAAAAUAUUAAAGAGGCACAAUUAGAUGCAGAACUACAACCUCUCAAUUACACUGGCUGGCAGGGUGCAUUUUUGUUACCAGAUACAGUUUAUAAAAGUAUUUUGCUAAUUUUAAAGUUUUCCGUUUAUUAUCAAUUUUCAUUUCCAAAUACCUACUCAAAUUUAUUUUAAUAAUGAUAGAAACUACUAAUUUGAAACUCACACAGGUCAAUUUUUUUUACAAUGUUCUUAAAUUUUAUUGGUGGAAAACGAUUGAACUGCCGUAAUAAUCAAAGACUCUUCGCUACACCAUGCGGCACGACACUACUCUAACGAAGGGUAGUCAAGAAUACAACUUUUCCGUCGCAUGCGGUGGCGACCAUGCGUCGCUAACCGAAUGCGGUGUUCAGCGCACAGUUUCAGGAAUUAGGCCUCAGGUUCUUUGUAACCUGAAAAAUAACAAUUUUUAUUAGAUUCGAUAAAUCAUGUUAAGAUGUUCUUUUCUGCCGUUUGCAUUCUCUACCUUCUCGUUAUCUCAGUGAUACCACCUCUCACUCACUGCACCUCUCCUGUAUUUCCUUUUCUGUGUCUUUGGAGGUAUUGAUCAGUGAACAUCUUCAUCUUUCACGAUUGAACUUAAGUUGAUAAUGCAAUAUUUCCUUUGAUUGGAGUGUAUUUUCUACUAUGUAGUCCAUAGUGGUGUAGCACAAAGUUCUGCAUCAAAAAUAAAGCCAUCCUCGUUACAUGCAUGCAUAAUUAUGUCUUUCUCCCUCACUUGCACAGUUAUAUUUUAUAUUUAUAUCCUGCCAGAUUCUUUUUUGUAGAUCCCAUCGAAAAAAAUCCAUGACACAAACGAAGCACUGCUUCUUUUAAACUUAUGGACAUACCUUAAGAACUGAAUGUGCUUGUGAACUACUACCGAUUUCUCACAUAAUAAUGCCUUACGAUUUUCUUCUUUCUCAAAUUUAAAUCCGAUAUGUUUUAAAGUUUUCCAAUGACUCUGGUUCUUCCUAAAUUUACAAUUGCUUUAGUUUUAAUUUCUUCGUGAUUUGUAUCUAAAGUUAAAUAUUUUUUCGAUGAUCUCAUGUUGUAAAUGGUAUCAUGAAUUUUAAAUUUUAUUCCAUCGGGAAGGUAUUUAAUUUUUCUAUUGGGAGUGUUUUUUUGAGUUGUUUUAUCAUGGUUUGGUUUUUCAGUACCAUCUGAAGUGUUGGCUCGCUAAUAACUAGUACUUUCCUAUAGCUCUUUCGUGUACCCGACUCACUCGCCAUGAUUUUUAUUAAUUUUGACUUUUUUUGGCUUUUCUGUAGAACUAGUCGAAUUCAACAUUGACCUAAACUUAUUAACCUAUAAUAUUUUUUCUUCUGCUUUUUUUUUUUUAAUUGGGUCAUGUCUGAGCUUCAUUCCUCUUAAUUGAAUAUCGGUGUAAACUAAAUGAUAUGCAAUAAUAUUACUGGAUGUUUAUAUUUUAAUAUUUUUUGUUAACUCCCUCUUUUCAUUUUUCUCAACAUAAUAUAAACAUUUUACAUAUUUCCAUAGUUACAUCUUUCCAACUACUUAAUCCUGGCCCAAAAAAGAUUAUCUCCUGAUCAGUAGCAUCCCCAAGGAAUUCGUCUCCAUCUCACUGUAUACAUUCUUCAGUCUGUGUCUGAUAAUUUGGGACAAUCCAAAGCGACCAUCUCUUUUCAACCAACUUCAAAAAAGGAGGAGGUUUUCAAUUCACCUGAAUAUUGUUUUAUGUAUGACACAGCGGUAAUUCUUUAACACCUUGUCCGAUUUCUGUUUUUUUUUUGUUGGGGGUGGCAAAUCUGGUCUAGGUCUAUUAAUGUCACCCAUGAGAAAAUCAUCAUCUUCAUUUUUUAUGUAUAUUCGGCGAUAAUUCUUUAGCACGUUGUUCGAUUUUUAUAAUUCUUGUUAUUUGACGUCUCUUCGAUUUUUUGCGGUCGGCUCUUGGACUGCACAGAGGGGUCCAACAUUUUUCUGGUUUCAACUCCUUUUUGUAUCCAUAAAACCUUUAUCAGAAAGCUCAAUUGAAACACAAUAAGGAAAAUCACCUUUACGCUUUUUUCUUUUCAUUUCUGAAAAAGCCAAAGUCUUUAUGUGCCAAGUCUGGGGUGUAUGGUGGAUUAUACAGUAAUGUUGAUUUGCUUAUAUCAAAUUUUGUUUUGUCAUCGCUAUUCGAGAUAUAUGACGUCGUCACUAGUUUUUUGAAAGGCCACUUUUUUACUUAGAAACGCAAAAUUUCAUGAUAUGUACAUAAAAAUAUUAUUGAGAAUAAUUUUUUUGGUUGUUACGUUUGUUGAAUAACGUUUUGUGAGAUUUUUUUUUCCGAAAAUAUUGUUAUACUACGAAAUUUGGCAUCCAUAUGCCAAAAAAUGUCUUUUUACUAGUAAUAUCAAAAAAUGCUGUUUCAGUUUAAAAGAAAACUGGUGAUGACGUCAUUUUUCGAAUAGUGAUGACGUCAUAAAAAAAUAUACGUAUAAUAAUAUAAACAAAGGCGCAUCUAAAAAAAAAAAAAAAAAAAAAAAAAUCGACCUUGUACUUCCUUUUUGUUCAAAACUAUUCCCUGUUGUCCAAAUUAACACCUUUUUUUUCUAAAAUUAACAUUUUUCAACCAAAUUAAUCCUUUAUUUUGCUACUUGUCCAAUAAAGUUAGAAAUUUUGCCAUGUUGAAUAUAAUUUUUGCGUUUAUACAGGGAGGGUAUUUUCGAAACAUAGUGAACAAAUUUAAGGGGAUAUUUCUUGGGUCAGAAUAAGAAAAAGAUAUGUCCCGAAUCGCUGCAUUUUCGAAAUGUAGGGUAUUAAAGUUUAAAAAAAUUAUUAUAUCUAAAAAAUGUUUAAGCUGAUUUCGUUAAAGUUUUUACAGUUUCCUAUCAAUUUUAUUGGGUGUCUUUUAGCCGUAUUAGGAGCGGAUCCAGAAAUUCGAGAGACGUGCCUAUGGGACAGGUGGUUCUGAAUUUUGCACAAAAAUUAUAACGAAUAGUAGAUUUUUUCAAUUUUUUGUCCCUUGAUUUUUUCCUACAACGCCUCAUUUUCGAAAAAAAAAAAAAAAAAAAAACGAAGAUCCCAACUUUUGCAUGUCUCUGAAGCUACUAAAAAAUAAAUACAACUAAAAAAUUAAAAUAAUGGAGGUAAAACUUCGUAAUUUACAAGAGUUUUUCAAAAUGACUACCACUACCAAUUUUUUUUAUAAAUAAUAAAAAAAAGAUUGUUUUAAAAAUUUUACCCUGUAGUUUGGUUUGUACUAUCUUUUAUUUUUAACCAAGCAAUAUAUCUCCUUAAAUUUGUGACGCAUAUUUAGGAAACACCCUAUAUAUCCAUGUUGAUUUUGAGAAAUAGUUUACGUGUUUGUAAUUGAAAUCAAUCAAAGAAUCCGAUUUCAAAUUGUUUAUCAAGCAAUAAUCCAGGAACACUUGUAACUACACUGUAACAGUGUUAUUUUAAUGCAGCAAAUCAUUGAUAUAUUGAGGUGUGUAAUGAUUCACUUUGUACACACAAAGAUUCAUGCCUUGAUAUUAUUUUCAUCUUCAACUGUGAGAUGUUUAAACAAAAAAAAAUUUAAAAAAAUGCGUUACUGUUUCUUUUAUCCUUUUAAAAUAGUAAUGAUAUUGCAAAGCGUAAUUUAUCUUCGGUUUUAACAUUUCUUUGAUAUUUUUUUUUAACUGUAAUCAUGGUGAAAGUGCAGUUUUCCAGUUAAUUAAUGGCUAAGGGAAUUAUUAUCUUUUUAUACUGAAAUUCCGUAAUUUUAUAGUAAUGGACGUGUAAUAAAGCGACAUUUUGACUCGUUUGAAUCACAUUUUUACACAAUUUUCGACGAGGAGUACAAUUUGGUUCUGUUAUAUACCUGAGCCUCAAUUGAUUUAAUCUCAAAACGUGUGUCUCGUCUCCUUAGAUACAUUUGUCAAAAAAAACCGCGAUUGGAAAAAUAAAAAAUAAAAAUAAUUACAUAAUAUUGACAACUAACUCUUCUAUUUAUACAUCAUCUUCAUCUUUACAGCAACUUCUCACCCAACUUCCUUAACGUCCCAAAAACAUUAAUUUUUAGACAUUUAUAUCUUAAUAUUUCGUUUAAAGGCAAAAAAACGUAAUAAUCGCAAUGCUAUAUGGAGGCUGUGGUUGUAUCGUCCAUGUUUUUCCAAGGCAUCUUUCUGGUUAAAAUAACUUGUUAUGUAGUUAUGGGGCAUCAGAUACACUGCUACCUAAAAUAUAUAUUGUGCUCCUUCUAUCGCAGUUUAUAUUUAAGUCGAAUCAAUUUUUUUUAUUGUAAUAAACGAGUUUUUAAUUCCUCAAAUAUAAACUCAGCCAUAAAUUGUAUUUACAGUAAACGAGUAACUAUCGUUAUUAUAUUAUCUAACAUGACUGGUUGUAGAUUUUGGUCAUGUGUGUCCUAAGUCUUUGUCUGCUUUCUAAACCACCUUCACAAUUAUUCACCAGCAGUUUUUUUUUUAAUUUGAAAAUUCGAUAUUCAGCUAAUCGGUAAAUCGAUCUAUUCGUUAAGACUGAAACCAGAAUUAUCCUACUGACUGCGCCAAAAAUGAAAACUGGUCAAACUGGCUCUUAUCUAUCACGGAUGACCUUUUUAAGGCGACAGUCAAAUGCUUGGUUCUUCUGGAUUAAAGCUAAGCAUUAUUUGAUACUUUAGAUAUAGCAGAUUUUCAUAGCUUUGUUAAAAAUUGUGUGAUUCAUCAUUAAGCAGAUGAUACCCUUCCAUAGCAGUCUUCUUAAAAAGUUUAGGAUUUGGAGUGCUACACAUUCCGUCAGAAUGUGAAUGGAUAUUUCGUCCUUACAUAAUUUAUACUCACUAUCGUCUACUAUUGGUUCUAUUCAUUCAACUCUUUUUCCUUGUUUCCAUACAAAUUACCUUUUGGAUUCCAUAUCUUUCUGUCAUUAUUCUUGUUAUGACAAAUUUAGACAGAUAUUGCAUAAGUCAAAAUUUUAUACAAAUCUACUACAUGGUAGUCUUUAUAGUUUUUCUCAUUUAACGAUUCGAUGUACAUACAUUAAAAUUAGAAAUUUUAAACUAAGGAAAUUCAAUUUCUGAGUUAUUGAGUUGAUAUAGAAAACAUCAGUGGCCAACGCUUAUUACAAUAGUCUUGGAUUUUACAUCAUUCUCCAUUAGUGUCAUUCAUUGAGAGGAGAUGAUAUGUCAAUACAAAAAGUGUCCGCACUUGUACCCCAGUAUAAUUAAUAAUACAGUAGCGACAGCUUGAGUCGGCCCCUUUUAUGUCGGAGUGGCCAGAUUUUUAUUGACAGUUGACUUUUCUGCCGCUUAUUUCUACACUGAAAAAAGUAACUUAAAAAUAUCUUGUCCCUUUGUCUGUUUGAUUAAAAUAACAUACAAUAAAUGAAAGGUGAAAACUAAGUCUAAUUAUAGUAAACAUUUAUUGAAAUGUGCAUUACAACCAAUCAUAUAAUCGAAAAAAUAAACUACCAUUACUCCCUUGACAAUUUACAUAUGCCAGUUUGACAUAUUUGUCGCUUAUUUACGGACAUGCGAAGAAAAAUAGAGAACCCUCAUAAAUAACGAACUGUCGCUACUGUAUUAUUACUUAUACUGGGCUUGUACCUUAUAAUAAUAUGUCAAACUCGAGCUAGUGGAGUUAGUCAGUUUUGGUGAGAGUAAAUGCAAUUUUUCUAAAACGGCUUCAUUUAAAUGAUAUAAAAACAUUUUCAUUCCAUCAAUCUUCAAAUAUAAAAUUAUUGACUUCAAAUAAAUGAAAGUAUAAACUAGUCGCCAUUUUGAUUACACCUUUCCAUCACUCGAUGUGCGUCCGCCUGUCAUAUUGCUAAUUAGUGUUUAUGUCGUUUCUACUUUAUUCUAUCUCGAUGACUUUAAAUACAUCAAAGUCCAACUCUAAGUCGGCAUUUUAAUUACAUUUUUCCAUCACUCGAAGUGCAUCCAUCUGUCAUAUCGCAAAAUAUUAUAUUGUCUACUUCAUUCUAUCUCGAUGGUGACAUUAUUCUUGUUAUGACAUUUGAUUUCUUGACAGAUACUGCAGAAAUAAAAUAUGACAAGGCUACUAGAUGGCCUAUAGGUUUGUUAAUUUAGCGAUCCGAUGUACUAUUGAUAUGGCAAUGCCAAUUUAAUUAUUCUCCAUAUCUUUUUCUCUCUAUUUGCUCCUCUGAUUACUCCUGGUCUCCCUGUCUCUUCUGCUUCCCUGUCUCUUCUCCUUCGCUGCUCCUCUCACUUCAUCCCACUGCUCUCCUUGUCUUUACUUAAAAAUAAUAUUUUUACGUUUCGGUUUAUUUCUUUUAUUUAACUGUCCAAAAAGUAAAUAUUUAAAAUUCCUUUCCAAAAAUCUCAAAAACCCUCACAAUUUUCACUUAGUUCAUUGCCAGUCUCCCAAUCCAUAAAAAACCCUAACAUCCUGCAUUUUAUUUAAAUUUUGAUUUUCGGAAACUUCAUCAACCCAGCCUCGACCAAUUUUGACAAAUUUUGAUAUGCUAUACUUUCCAUAUUAGUAUAUUAAAACUAGCGAUUUUAAACUGAGCAAAUUGACAUUAUGAGUCAUAGUGAGGUGAAUUAUCAUUAUUCUUGUUCUGACAUUUGACAUUUUGAGAGAUACUGCACAAGACAUAGAAUGUGACACACAAGGCUACUAGAUGGUCUUGUAGAUGUCUAGUUUUGCUGAUUUAGCGAUUUAAUUGCUGUGUUUGAAUAUCCACAUCUGAUGCAUUUUUUACCUCUUGAGCGGUUGUUUAUCCGCAUCGGACACAUCUGUUAAUACUACGUUUUCGUAUCUUGAGUGACGUGAUCUCAGAUGCAUUCGAUGUGGAUAAACAAACGCAGCAAAUGUACGUAUGUACUAAAAUUAGCGAUUUCGAACUGACAAAAUUCACAUUAUGAGUUGCUGUGAGAAAGGAAAUAAAUUAAUUCAAUUACUCUGUUAAUAAUAAAAUAUGGUUUUAUUUGGUUAUUGAAUUUCAAAAAUUCUAAGCCCAUUUUUUAUCUUCGGUUUUAAUUACAUAUGUAAAGAAACGAGACACUUGUUUUGAUUAUUAUUAUUUUUUUUUUUUUUUUCAUGUAUGUAUAUAUAAAAUAUGUGUUUUCCUAUUCACUGUUUUUUCAUACGGGAAUAAUUUAUAUUUUUUAAUAAGAAAAAGGUUGUUGAAUCAGUAUCAAUUGCUAAACUAUCAAAAUAAAAUUUAUAUUGUUAAAUGUGUAAAUGUCUAAAAUAUAUCUUUUAAUUUGCAUGAUCGUGCCAUAACCUUAUCCUUUUUCAGUUUUAAAAUGUGUAUAUUGUAUAAAGGUUAAUAUUUCCUUCUAUAUCUUUGCCUUUAUUCUAAUUUGCUUGUUCUGAUUCAGUAUUCAAUUUUUCCAGUUUUUCUAAUUCACUAACCCAUUUUUCCAGUUAUGUUCUAUAGUUUUUACCUUAUUCGGUCUGUUCUCUAUUAGUUUUUCGUUAUGUUGCAUGUUUCUUCUUGUUUUUACUUUUUUCUUUGCAUUUUUCUGAUAGACUUUCCCAUAUUAUUUCUUUCUAUCGCAUCGAACGCCUUCCUUAGGUCCAUGAAGGUUAUGUUAUGUAUUUCUAUGACUGUAUAUUGUUAGAUUAGGUUUAUGUUUACGCUUACAUUGGUAAUUGGACUACUUUCAUUUAUGUAAAUAACGUUAUAAAUAUUGAAUGGUUUAAAUUUUAUAAAAUUCUAUUUUAACCUUAUUAAAUAUCUGAACCCAAAAAUAUGAGGGAUGUUAAACACCUAACAAAAUACGUCACAAAUUUAAAAAUUGGCGGCGGCAGACCACUAGCUAUGUCAAUAACCGUUAUUAUUUUUCGAUUUUUAAAUAUUUUUUUUAACUUUUUUUCACGUAUUCUAAAAUUUGUUUAUUUACAAUUUUUUUUCUACUAAAAUUAGAUUUUAAAUUAAAAAUAUGAUUUGUUACAUCCUGGCAAUGUUUAUUUGUCUUACCACAUCUAGUCUUAAAAAGUAGAUUUUCUUUUGGUAUAAUUUGCUCUCAAGAUUAAAUUGACUGUACUAUUUUUUUGUAUAUAAAUUCAUAUAGGUAUAAAUAAAAACUAGCGUAUUUUGUCAAAGGUACUCAUUCCUGUAUGAAAAACAUUCAAACAUGUAAAGUGCGUUCCUUUAGUUUACACCUCUCUUACACGUUUGAUGACGGAUUAUUUUCAUCUUUUUCUGUUGCAUUGCAUUGACAAACAAAUCAUCAACGUAACGACAGAUAAUUUUAAAAAGCCUUCUCAUAUACAUUGAUUGGAAUUCAGACUGUACUACUCUAGAUCCUACGUUUAGAUCCCCAAAUCUAUACUGUAGAGAGGGCGAUCUGUAAUGAUGCUUCACCAUAAUCCAGAUCAUGCUAGAUCUAGACUCUAAAUCUAAACCCUAGCUACAUACCAUAGCUCUAAAUUCUAGUUAUAGACCUAUGCUCUACAUCUAAACCCUAGAGAGGAUGACCUGUGAUGUAUCUUCAUCAGGUCUUGAUCCUGCUAGGUCUAGACUUUGAAUCUAAACCCUAGUUACAUACCCUAGGUCUAAAUCCUAGUCCUAAACCGCCUAUGCUCUACAUCUAAAUUCUAGAAAGGAUGAUCUUGCUAGAUCUAGACUUCAGUUAUGUACCCUAGACCUCUUUUACUCUUGGUCUAGACCCUAUAGAGAAAUUUAAAUCUUAGUUACAUAGCCUAGGGCUACUCCUUAGUCUUAGACCGUCCUAGAUAGGAUGAUUUGUGAUGUCGCUUCAUCAGAUAUUGAUUCUGCUAGAUCUAGACUCCAAUUCUAUAUCAUAGCCUCUUCUACUCUUGGUCCAGGCCCUAGAGUGGAUUAUAUGUGAUGUCGAUUUACUUGAUCUGGAUACUGUUAUGCCUAUAACCUAGAUCGAAACCGUAGACCACUUAUAUCCCGAGAUCUAGACCCUGGAGAGGGUGAUCUGUUAUGUCGCUUCACCCCUCACUUUAUGUGAAUGACGAUGAUGAUAAUAAUCUUGUUGAUGCUUUCGGUAAUGACUUAGAGGUGUGAGUUCAUGGAAUGAAGUAUGGUUCUAUAAAAACAAACUUAUUAUUUUAAAAAUAAUCUUUUAUUGUAUUAUGUUGAUUUCAUUCGUCGACCUUUCUUACUCAUCACAAUUUUUUUUAAUUCUGCAAUAAAUAAUAUCCCGCUGAAAGGGCGACACGUGGAAUUCGAUGUCUAAGAGAUUUUGACACAAUUAGUAACGCUUGUCAAACUGUGAUAAAGUCCUUAUCAACGUUUUAGGUAUGAUAUUGACUUCGUUCAGAUGGAAGUACUAUCAUAUUGUUUUUAUGUUAUUUUUUUAGAAUAUAAAUAAUAGAUGUGUAGUCUCCAUCUAUUGUGAUAAGAGACCUUGUCACUAUAAACAUAAAAAUGU